GGGGCGGCGGCGGCCAGAGUCCGUCGGGAAUGGCAGGCGGGUGCGGGCGGCGGCGGGCGGCGGCCUGGGCCGUGGGCUUGGGUCUGGGCGCGGGGCUGCUGGCGCUGGUGGCCGCUGUGCUGCUCCGCGCCUACCUCCUGCGCGCCCCGGCCAUCCCCCGGCUGUGGGCGCGGCGCGGCGGCACCGCCGCCUUCAGUGCCGGCGAGAGGCUGGAGCUCAAGGAGGCGCUGCGAGGUGCUAUUAAAAUCCCGACUGUUUCCAUAUCUCCAGAGGACUUGAAUACAACUGCCAUGGCAGAAUUUGGGAAUUACAUUCAGGAAGUCUUCCCGGCUGUAUUUUCUUCAAAGUUCAUUCAACAUGAAAUUGUUGGGAAAUACAGCCAUCUCUUUACUGUUCAGGGUUCUAACCCUGAACUGAUGCCCUAUAUGCUGCUUGCACACAUGGAUGUUGUGCCUGCUCCCCCAGAGGGCUGGGAUUUCCCUCCUUUCUCAGCUGCUGAGCAUGAAGGUUUCAUCUAUGGACGAGGAACGCUGGAUAACAAAAACUCUGCCAUAGGUAUUCUGCAAGCUCUAGAAUUUUUGCUGAGAAGAAAUUACAGACCCCGCAGAUCUUUCUAUGUUGGCAUUGGACAUGAUGAAGAGGUGUCUGGUUGGAAGGGAGCAGUGAAGAUUGCAGCUCUCUUGGAAGCGAGAGGAGUGAAACUCUCCUUCUUACUAGAUGAGGGAAGUGCAAUACUAGAUGGCAUCAUUGCCGGAGUGAAUAAGCCAGUAGCUGUAAUUGGUAUCACAGAAAAGGGUUCAAUGACACUGAACUUCACUGUGGAAAAAGAGCCAGGACAUUCAUCCUUUCCCCCUAAGGAGACAAGUAUUGGCAUUCUUGCAGCAGCGAUGUCCAGACUGGAGCAGAAUCCCUUGCGCAAUCUGUUUGGCCGUGGGCCAGAACUCAUGACAAUGGAGCACCUUGCAUCAGAGUUCACAUUUCCUCUCAAUCUCAUCAUGAGCAAUCUAUGGCUGUUUUCACCUAUUGUCAGCAGAGUUCUUGCCUGGAAGCCUUCUACCAAUGCCUUGAUUCGAACUACAACAGCAGUCACGAUGUUUAAUGCAGGAAUCAAGGUAAAUGUCAUCCCAUCUUCUGCAAAAGCAACCGUGAACUUCCGGAUCCACUCUGCAGAGAAGGCCGCUGAGGUGCUGGAGGCAGUUAGAAACACUGUUGCUGAUGACAGAGUGAAGAUUGGUGUAGUAGAUGCCUUUGACCCGCUCCCCGUCAGUCCUUGGGAUGACCAGACAUUUGGAGUCCAUAUUUUUCAAAGAACCAUUCUGGAUACUUUCCCAGAUGUUGACAGCGUAGUCCCAGGCACAUGUAUUGGAAACACAGACAGCAGGCAUUUCACUAACGUCACAAAUGCCAUUUAUCGAUUUAACCCGCUGCCCUUGAAAUCAGAUGAUCUUCCCAGGAUCCAUGGGUUGAAUGAGAGAAUCUCAGUUGAGAAUUACGAGAAACAGGUUGAAUUCCUCUUCCAGCUGAUUAAGAACUGUGAUACUGACAAGCUGCCGGAGCCUCACGCAAACUCCCACGAGCUGUGAGAAACACACCUGAAAAGAGCAGCUACUCAGGUGGACUCUGGGAUGGCAGGGGUCUGGGCCAUAAGAUGCAGUUGUGCGUUGCGUAUUGAGCUACGUCUGGAAUUUGGGUUUUAUAAAUUGUGGUUUACAUACAGAUGGAAAAAUUGAUGGUUGCUGCUUUAGGCGAAUGUAUGGUUUGCUGGAAAGUGAGAAGAACCUGGACAAAACACAACAAAUAACCCUGAUUUCUGUUUCUCCCUGGUCUGACAUGCAGCCGUUAGUCUGAUGGUAUUAAUUUUUUCAGCACUUUCUUUAAGCCUCUGAAACUUGUAGUCACUUAAAAAUCUAAGCUAUAAUCAGCAGUCACUUGCCUAUCAGUAAAAGAGGUGAAUCUUCCUGUGUGUGCUUUUGACAAGCUCAUUUUUUACAGGUAAUUGAUUUUUUUAUAAAUGAUGUGUCUGUCAAAAGCUCACGUGAAAGGUUUGUGGCAUGGUGUAGGUUUCAUGUGAUUGGUAAAAUUAUACUAAGAGAUUGUGGCACUGCUGCUUGAUCUGGGCUUCUUCCCCAGGUGAUGGUCUCAACCAGUGUCAGUGUUGACUUGAUACUGCUAAGUUCUUCCAUACAUGCACUGAUUUCUGACUCUCUUAAAAUACUGAGCUCCAGAAGUUCUAGCUGUGUUGUUUUAACUGAUGUUCCCCUGAGCUCAGAGGUGCUGAAAACUUUUCUUCCUGUCUUUUCAAUUACCUCUCUCUCACUCUUUGCUAUGGCCCAGGGUAUUUUGUGCAGCUGGGUGUCAGAAUAAGGCAUUGCAGUUUUAAAUAAGAAACCAAAUCUGUGUUGUCUACUCAUACGUAUUCUCUUUUCACUGAAUCGGUUUCUGUAGUGUAUGUUUCUCUUUUGCUUCUCUGAAAACUUGAUUAUGAAAGAUGGUGAAGUCCUUCAGUUUCUUCCAGUUCAGUGGGAGCGGGGAGUCAUUGUGCCUUCGCUGCCUGUGCAAGCAAGUUUCACUUUACUGCAGCACUUCUCUUGACUCAGCUCUUUGGGAAUCCUAGUGCAAACAGGCCGUUGAUGUUGACUCUGUUUCAUCUUGCACUAGCAUGCCUAUCUUUGUUAGCACUAAAGGGUUAAGCAUUCUUUUGGCCUUGAUAGUCUCUUUAGCUGGAGUUACAAAGACAAAGUAAAGACUGGGUGAAAAGUGCUUCGUUGUACUGACACGCAGGCUCUGUGCUGCAGGUACUAGUGCAAUUCCUCCUCUUGCACUGUUGCAGAGAUGUAUGUCUCUUUUUCAGAGUUUGAAUUGUACACUGGAAUGGGUGGUUGUUCUGCUCUAAAUUCAUAUUGUAAAAUGCACUGGAAUGUACAGGAAAUACCCUGAAACGUAUUCUGAAAAACAGUGAUGGAACUGGGAUUCCUAUUCUUUCCGUUCACCGUUCUCUAUUUAUUUGCAGUCUGAUCUUAUCAGUAUUGCCAAUGGAGUAAAACUGUGUCAAUCUACUAAAUAAUUGAAACCAGAUCGGCAUUUUCAUCUAAUAAAACAAGGAAUGCAGA